AAUAGAGAAUGAGCCCAAACAGGGACUUAGUUAUUAGCAAACUUUUUAAGUUUACCCAAACAUGCUCUUAGAGCUAAUAGUAAUCUUUUUCUUUUCUUUCUUCUUAUUGGAUUAAUGGUUUACUCGCAGGGUGGCUUGUGAUUUCAAUUCUCAUUUGCGGCAUGGUGAUCAACCUUGCUAUGAAGAUCUUAAUUGGAAUUCCAUUCGUUUUCGGAUUACUUGUCUAUAAACUGAGAACAAGACACUUAUCAACGUUUAAUGCAAUAGAAAACUUUCUACGCAGUCAGAAUAACCUGAUGCCUAUCAGUUACUCCUAUUCAGACAUAAAGAAAAUGACCAAAGGUUUCCGUGAAAAAUUGGGUGAAGGGGGUUAUGGUUCAGUUUACAAAGGAAAGCUUCGAAGUGGAAGGGAUGUAGCAGUGAAAAUACUAGGCAAAAAUAAAUCAAAUGGACAAGAUUUCAUCAAUGAAGUUACCACUACCGGAAGAAUUCAUCAUGUCAAUAUAGUUCGACUUGUUGGUUAUUGUGCAGAUAUGUCCCAUUGUGCUCUUGUAUAUGACUUCAUGCCUAAUGGUUCACUUGAGAAGUAUCUCUGUUGUAAGAAAAGUGGAAUUCAUUCAUUAACUUGGGAGAAAAAGCAAGCGAUUACACUUGGAGUUGCUCAAGGGAUUGAAUAUUUGCAUCGAGGUUGUGACAUGCGAAUUCUGCAUUUCGAUAUUAAGCCACACAACAUACUUCUCGAUGAUAACUUCACUCCGAAAAUUUCUGAUUUCGGGCUAGCCAAAUCUUACUCGAAUGAAACUAGUAUUGUAACUAUUACUGCUGCACGAGGUACAAUUGGUUAUGUAGCUCCCGAGUUGAUCAACAGAGGCAUUGGGGCUGUCUCCUACAAGGCAGAUGUUUAUAGCUUCGGAAUGUUGUUGAUGGAAAUGUUAAGUCUAAAGAAAAACUUGAUACAAAACACGGAACUUUCUAGCCAAUACUUCCCCGAUUGGAUAUAUGAUCAUUUCAACAAGAGUAAGGAUCUUGAAAUUGGAGAUGCUGAGGAAUUAGGCUGUGAAGAAAGGAAGAUUACUAGGAAGAUGACAAUAGUUGCAUUAUGGUGCAUACAGAUGAAUCCUGUAGAUCGUCCUUCAAUGAGUAAAGUAAUGGAGGAGAAAUUUCGGGAAAAAUUUAAUCUUGUUCGUGGAGGUUUUUAUACAGAUGAAGUUCAAGGCAGUUAG